UAGGCGAGAAGAAAAGGCGAGUUUCAAGAAAGAAACGAGCAAUAAGGAUGGUUAACAGUGCUCUGACCCUUCAUGUUCUUCCACUGGUCAUUCUCCUGGGGAACACACAUUUGUGCCAGGUGGCCCAUUUAUUCUCCCUGGCUGACCUGCUGAACGAUGAGGCUGAUGACUAUGAGUACGACGAUGAGUACCUUGAACUGGAGCAGGACCUCUUUAACCAGCAGCAGCAUUCAGAGGACCCUGACUGGUUUGAGGCAUAUUUUGGCUACAGCGAUGCUAGAAAAGCAGAUCCAUGCUCCUCCAAUCCCUGCAAGAACAACGGUAGGUGUGAAAAAAGAGGGAGCAGCUUCAGCUGCCUCUGCCCCAAGCCAUAUGCUGGGAACACGUGUGAGAGAGUGGAGGACGUGUGUCUGGAGAAGAGGUGCCAUAGAGGAGACUGCCUGCUUACAUUAACUCCACCUUAUUUUAAGUGCAGUUGCAAUCAUCCCUACAAGAAACCUGACUGCCAACGAGCAUCUUCACCGUGCAGGCCAAACCCUUGCAAAAACGGAGGUGUCUGCGUUCGGCACAGGAUCAGAUCGAGGUUCACCUGCGAGUGCCCGGCACCUUUCAGAGGGAGGUUCUGCGAGGUCGGACUGGAUGACUGUUAUGAAGAGAACUCCUUUAAUUACAGAGGAAGAGUGAACCAAGCAGCGAAUGGCAAGACGUGUCUGCACUGGAAUUCCUACCUUCUCUUGGACCACCCUAUUAAUGCCUUUAUGGAGGAUGCUGACUUUUAUGGCAUUGGUGAACAUAACUUCUGCAGGAAUCCCGAUGAGGAUGAAAAACCCUGGUGCUACAUCAGAAAACAUCACAAGGUGGAAUGGGACUUCUGUGACGUUUCACCCUGCUCAGGAACAGCUGAAGAAAGCCUACAAUUAAUAGACAGCCCAGUAGACCCAAAUGAAAUGUUCAAGACAUGUGGACAACCAGAAAUUCCAAGGAUGCUUCAGAGGAUCUAUGGUGGGACUAAGACUACAACUGGCAAACAUCCCUGGAUAGCAUCUCUGCAGAGGAAGUCUUCACCUAGGGGUGAACAUUUCUGUGGUGGAGUGCUGAUCAAAGCAUGCUGGGUUCUUACUGCUGGGCACUGCGUUGAGCAAUCAGCAAAAUAUCUCCAAGUAGCACUUGGAAAACAGAACCUCAAGAAGAGAGAGCCUCAAGAGCAAAUAUUUGAUGUGGAGAAGAUCAUCAAACAUUACAACUACAGAAUUAAGAAUGACAUCCCACACAAUGAUAUUGCACUACUUAAGCUGAAGCCAGUUGAUGGUCACUGUGCAGUGGAAACAAAGUAUGUGAAAACAGUGUGUCUGCCUUACGUCCGCUUUCCCGAUGGGACUGACUGCUUCGUUUCAGGAUGGGGCGCCACAGAGAAAGAUGACUUAUCCCAUCAGCUGUUAGAUGUCAACGUCAAGCUGAUUUCGCAGAGGAAAUGCAAUGCACCCAGAGCAUAUGAUCAGAGACUGGAUGAAAGCAUGUUUUGUGCAGGAAACUUUCAGAGACCCGGAGCUGAUUCUUGUCAGGGAGACUCCGGAGGCCCACUAACUUGUGUAGAAGAUGGCUUCUACUAUGUAUAUGGCCUUGUGAGCUGGGGUGAGGGCUGUGGGUUAAAAAACAAGCCAGGAGUUUAUACCCAGGUGACAACAUUUCUCAGCUGGAUUAAAUCCACAAUACAAACUGAGUCCAGGUCACUCCAUUAGGAGACAGCUUCGGAAUGACAAAUGAAUUUCUGAAGCAUCAGGGUUGACUGUGGCCUGCUGAGAUCCUUCUGUCCCCAGCUGGUCCUGUAAAAUGAAACCCAAGUGAAUUGUGAGGACAGCCAGUCGACAGCAAAAAGAUUUAGCUAUUAUUCCAUUAAAAUAUUUGUGUAUUAAAAAUUACCAUAACUGGCAAACAAAUGAGCAAAAUCCAAAUCACUGCUCUGCACUGAGCAAGCCUCUACAGCAGAGAAGUGCACAAAACAGAGGAGUUCAUGGAAGUUAAAUACUACACAACUCACAGGACUGAAUGUGUUCAAGUCUUAAUUUCUCGUUUGAGCCCUAAACCAAGCAAACACCUGAGCUCCUGGUGGAUUGCAGACCUGUAGUUUUCCCUGGGAUGAUCAGAUCAUUAUCAUACCUGGGGCUUAAGAAGAUACUGCCUGCAGUCCCCAUUGCUUGCAUUAGUCAGUCAUAGCAGUAACCUAUUUCCUGCGUAACUUUUCAGAUGGGAAUGUAAAUCAUGUUUCUCUUGGCCUGGAUUACUGUUUGACUUGUUGCCAAAGUUAAAACUUACAUGAAAUGAGUAUUUACAGUGCUGA